AUGGCCUCCGAUUUGAAAAAUGGCCGUCGGCGAGCAGCUAGCAACGCCGCUACCAGACCCGGACACACAAGGCGAAAGUCCAGGGCCGUUAUCCAGCCCAAGUCAUCACACACAUCAGAUGAAUUUCUUCAAGACUUUCUAGACCCAACAUUUGAUCCCGCGACUUUCCUAAACUCGGCCUUGCCUCCACUGCAGCAGCGCUCUGUGCCUGGUCGGACGGGGUCGGACAUCGCACCUCUUGCUGAGCUGUCUACUCAAGCCCAGACCCUGAUCUCGCAGCUAAAUGCUCAGACUUCACGACUAUCCACCACUCUCACACAUCUCACUGAUGAUAUCUUGAGAAGCGGGAGCCGUUUGGCCUACGAGGUGGAGCUACUACGGGGCGAGACACUGGGUCUGCAGGAGACUAUGAAUGAGACGCUUCAAGACGACAUCAAGAAGUUUGUCCCUGAAGGACUGCAAGAAGCUAUCGAGGCAAAGAACGCAGCUGCGGCCGCGGCCAAGGAAGACAAGAGCGCGGCACCUUCAACGACAGCCGCUGCCACUGCCAGUGACGGAGCGAACCCGGAUGACCCCGAGUUUAUUAAACAGUUACAAACGCUGACCCUCGUGCGAUCACGAUUGGAUUCUGUUAUUAAGACAUUUGGAGAUGCCAUGGAAUUCGUUUUCCCUCCAUCAGAAAUCUCAGUCAGCUCCGGCUUUCUGUCAGUAUCAGCGCCAGAACCCGGUUCAGCACAGCAGAGCUCCGAGGAGAAGGGCAAGGAAGUGCUUCAGAAUAUCCGAAAUGAAAUAUCGGACUUGCUGAAUAAAUCGGAUGAUCCCGUCCAAGGUAUCGAGAAGGCGGCGCAGAGGAUUGAGCAACUUAAAGAGCUUUCGCUGGUUUGGAAGGAUACAGCAGAAGAAAAGGGCAGACACAAGUUCAUAGAAGGUCUCGCCAAAAUGGUAGAAGACAAGCAUCGGGAUCUAAUGAAGGAAAUGGAACAGGCGACAAAGGAGAAGGGCAAAGUCGAAUCACGAUCACGGAAAGGAAGCGUCACGCGAGAUGCGGCAGUGGUGGAAGAUACCAAGUCGCCGGGUGGUUUUGGCCUAAUUAGCCAAUUGCACAAACUUAGAGGGGGUCUUUGA